GGUGCUCAAAAGAGUUCAGCAAGCAUCUGGGAGCAAAACAGCAGCUCGCGGAUCUUCACACUGACCAGCAGAGCCAAAGGUAACGGUGUAUCGGCCGCUCACAUCCGUCAGCACCUCGGUGAGCAGGCGACCACAAUGAACCCGGUUUACAGCCCUGCACCAACAGGGGUCCCCUUUACCAACCCUAAAGGUAUAAGUUACCCAGCUGGGUUUCCUGUCGGUUAUGCAGCAGCAGCUCCAGCCUACACCCCCAGUGUUUACCCCGGAGCAAACCCACCGUUCCCCAGCGGCUACGCUCCAGGUACUCCAUUCAAAAUGUCCUGUUCUCCAAACACUGGGACGGUGCCUCCAUACUCCUCCUCACCAAACCCCUACCAGACAGCUGUGUACCCGGUCAGGAGCACCUACCCCCAACAGAACCCCUAUGCACAGGCACUAAUACCUUCACAACAACAAGGCACUUACUACACACAGCCGCUGUACGCCGCUCCGCCUCAUGUUAUCCAUCACACAACAGUCGUCCAGCCCAAUGGGAUGCCUGCAGCCAUGUAUGCCCCGCCCAUCCCGCCUGCACGCCCUAAUGGUGUUGCCAUGGGAAUGGUAGCCGGCACUACCAUGGCCAUGUCCGCAGGAACAUUGUUGACGACUCCCUCACCAGCGCCCGUCGCCCCUCACCCGGUCACCAUGCCAACAUAUCGGCCCCCCAGGGACACCCAGCUACAGCUACGUGCCCCCCCAGUGGUGAACACCAGGCUGGUGAGCGGACGGCAGAUAUGCAUUGACGCUCCACUCCAGUGUUUGUUCGCUGUGGGUGGGAGGACCUGCCCCGCCGGCGUCUGCGACCAGUACUCUUCUUCCAACAUAAUGUGAAUCUUUAACCCAACAACAUCGACCGAGGCCCACGUCAACCACGGAGAGAGAGGAGGGGGAUUGGGGGAUGGGGGGGGGGGGUGAAGAAUUGGCCCCACCUACGCCCCCCUAGUUAAUGGAAUAAGGCUGCAUUCCACGCCGCCGCUGCUGCAUAACCCACGUCGAACAGCAAAGCCUCCAUGCAGACUUUUAUUUCACGGACACUCACGCAGGUUUAUUUUCCAGCUUCGACUCUUUAAAGUGGUGAAAAAGGGGAGUGUUUUUUUUUUUCGUUCCUGUUCUUUCGUUUCGGGGGUACAUAUGACGUUGAAUGCAUGUGUAUAUACAGUAUAUAGAUAUAUGAAGUAACGCUAGCUCAAUCUACCUGCUGUGACAGAUGCAAAGUCAACAAAAGGCACACAUCCAAAGGAACUAAAACAUAGUAAUAAUAAUAAUCUGCAACGCUGACUUCACCAGUGACCAUGUCUUAAAUGUGAAAGAAAUAACAGAAACGUGCUCAUGCAAAAACAUACGAACCUGCGCCCGCCAGCGCAGAACAAACGGUAUUUUCACUGCUUGUAUUUUAGGAAGUGACGCUAGGUUUUUAUUAUUUCUCUCAGUGAUGCAGUGUAUGCAUUUUGUUCAUAUCAUUUUUGUAUUUUAGGGAGAAAAAAAAAACA